UCAAAUAGCAUUAAUUUGACUAUAUCUUCAGGUUCCAAUUUCCCAAUAAGCAGAAAUGUCUGGAGCCUUUGCGCAAAAUAGCUCUAGGUACGUAAUCGCUCAUGAAGCAACAAGUGCCAAGCGUCUUUUAGACGAGAAUGAACAUAUCAUCGAGUUAGUUUCUGACCUUGCUAGAAAAGGUCGAUUCCGUGAAUCGGUCCAACUUCAGGCCGUUCUUCAACGUAAUUUAGUGUAUCUUGUGUCGUCAGUUGAUCAGAAUAACUUGGAUUCAAAGCAACUAGUUGAUGCUGACACUGUUGCUAAAUAACUAUCCUUUUAAUCCAUGUAAUUUACUUGAAGCUGAAGUUGUUCGGCUUCUGUUACAUUUGUCACGCGAUCUUUCAUAUUGAUGGAUGUUUGUACGAUCUCGCGUCCCACCGAUUUUGCUGUUCAUCAUUUCUUUCAAAGCUUCUUUCAAGAAAACCUUUAUUUUAAUUCAUUCUUUCGAAAUAAUAAGAACUCUUCAUACUCUUACAGUUAAAUAUUGCUCUUAGAAAUGAUGUAUAUAUCAAGUUG